AUGGAAGACGCCAUAACGUUCAUCGCCAGUCCCGAUCGAUCCAAGCACAAAGACGCGGCGGCGAUUGAGGAGCCUGACGACACUGCAAUAGAUAUACAGCUUCCUUUGCUAUCCCGCACAUUUUCAGCAGUUUUGCCUCCACUUUGCUUUUCUGAGACCAUAGAAAAUGCCAGCGUGCGACAGAAUCAUAACUUAGCGUUUCUCCUGUGGGUUCUCAAUAGCGACCCCAAGAACGUUGACUUGAGCCUGAGGUUCUGCGAGUGCAGUGCUCCUUUCCAAAUCUUCAAGACCUGUUUUGGGAGUGUUAACAAUACAAACUAUGAAACGUUUCUGCAAAUCAGGUCUCUUUCAGAAUGGAGUGCCGCUGUUCCAAGAUAUCAGGUGGCAAUCUUCCCGCAGAUCCUCCAAACCACCAAGCUAGACCACUUCAAAACAGAACGUCUUUUAGUGCAAUACACUCAGCAGUUCGUCAAAAUCUUGGAGUCGUAUCAGCAUGGUGGGCCCGGUGAGUGCGCAACCUUCUUGAGUGUGAAUGUUUCCAGGCUUCUGCAGUGUUACGUGAACGACACUAUUUAUGACAUCUUCUACAAAUGGAGGCAGUGGAAUCGAAUAAUGGGGCACCUGGUGAAAUUUUCGCCAUUUUCGCAGCUCGUUGCUAGAUUUUGGGACGAGUACAUGGUCUUUCAAAUAGACGGCUCACUCCUGGAAUUUACUACCAAACUCAAUCGGCACCCUGUCGACCGCAUUAAGCCAAUGAAGAAUCUGCGAUCGAAAAACCCAGCAUUGCCUCAAAUUCGCUAUGGAAUUUGGCUCGACAGUAUACAAGGUAUACUUUUACUCAGUAAUACCCUCACCACUGAGCUUAUGGACGCCGUACCAAGUUUAGGGUUGACUUUAAGGGCGGGCAGCACAGAAGCGGGUGUCAAAAAAUUGCUAAUAUUUGUGAAUUGCUGUCUGAUGGAAUGCAUCACACACGAACUACACUACUGCGCUUGA